UCCUGUAUGCUUCCAUGGCUACCUUUAACUGCUUUGAAACCUCACAUUUGUCCUGUCUGUCACACCGUUUCUGCAUUGUCCAUCUCAUUGGCAUUACUGCAACAGAAGCGGUUACAGAAACUGCACCACCUGUAAAACUGAAGACGCAAGUCACUUUUUUCCCCUGGAAGCUACCUCCUCUAGGACCUUUUAACUCCUCGCCCCAGCAGCUAUUUGUGCUGGGCUCACAAAGGUUACAAACGCCGCUCAAAAUCGUGCUUUUCUCAGCGGACAGCACAACAUCAAAGCGCAAAAACCUGCCCAGGGCAGCCUUGGCACCCGGGUCUCCUCAGGGGCCCGGCUCGGAGAGGCGUCGCCGCCCACCGGGGCCUCCCCUCGUCGAGAACGACACGUCGUUAUUGUUUGAUAAAAUACCCGGCGCCAGCUUUAUUAAUCGCCUGAGGAAGCAAGCGGGGGAGCAGCGACGGCGGCGCCCCACUCCGGAGGACAGGCGGGAGUAGGAGCCCCCGUCCCCCGCGCUCCUUCGGGAACUUUCCGCCGUGCCAGCCGCGCCUCCAACUCCGCGCCGCGGCCGGCCCCGCCCCUCGGCGCUCCGCCGCAGCCAAUCAGGGCGGACCGCGUGUUCCGCCGCUCGCGCCACUGGGGGCCGCGCUCACGGCACGAGGGCAGCCAGCCUGGGGCGGGUUUUGCGCGUGCGCGGGGCGGGCGAGGCGCUGAGGGCCGUGGUGACGGCGCUGUUUCGGCAGCUGUAGGGCUUGGUGCCGCUCCGCGCGGUGCGGCUCGGCUCGGCUCCCUGUGCCCCGGGGAACUGGCCUGAGGGCACGGCCGGGGGCACUGUCGGCUGCUGCGGGGGCUCUUGGCGCCCGGCGGGGAGGAGGCCGCGUGGCGUCGUUUGGAGGGCGGCUGUUGCUCAUUGCUGGCGCAGGACCGGAGCCCCUUCACCGCCCCGGGGCUGGCUGAGAAGAGAAAAUGACAGGAAGAGCUAGAGCCAGAGCAAGAGGAAGACCUCGAGGACAGGAGACUGCUGUUCCUCCUGUAGGAGCUGCAUCUGCUUUGCAGGUUCAACAGACUUUGCCAAGUCAGCCAUCUGGCCACCUGCAACCUCAGCAGCCAUGCCUUUUGCCACCGCUUUCAGCAGGAGAGCUUCCUGUUCGUGGGCGACAGAGAGGCCCUCUGGGUGUUCCAAAACCAGAAGAAUUUCAGAUUUCAGCGGGCUUUCAGGAAAUGUCUUUAGGAGAUAGGGGUGGACGUCGUCGAGACUUCCAUGACCUUGGGGUAAAUACUCGGCAAGCCAUAGAACAUGUUCGAGAAUCAAAAACUGGUUCUUCAGGUAUUAUGAUAAGAUUAAGUACAAAUUAUUUUCGUUUGACGUCUCGACCCCAGUGGGUUUUAUAUCAGUAUCAUGUUGACUAUAAUCCUCAAAUGGAAGCACGCCGUCUUCGAUCAGCUUUGCUCUUUCAGCAUGAAGAGCUAAUUGGAAGGACACAUGCCUUUGAUGGAACGAUAUUAUUCUUGCCAAAAAAACUAGGGAAUAAGGUUACUGAAGUGUUUAGUAGAACCCGAAAUGGAGAAGAUGUGAAGAUCACAGUCACCUUGACUAAUGAGCUGCCACCUACUUCACCUACAUGUCUGCAAUUUUACAACAUAAUUUUUAGAAGGCUUUUGAAGAUGAUGAAUUUGCAGCAAAUUGGACGUAAUUAUUACAACCCCAGUGACCCAGUCAGCAUCCCUAAUCACAGGUUGAUGGUUUGGCCAGGUUUCACAACUUCUAUUCUCCAGUAUGAAAAAAGCAUUAUGUUAUGUACAGAUGUGAGCCAUAAAGUUCUUCGUAGUGAAACAGUGUUGGAUUUUAUGUACAGUCUGUAUAACCAGGUCGAAGAACAAAGAUUUAGAGAUGUCUGCACUAAAGAACUGAUAGGUCUAAUUGUUCUUACAAAGUACAAUAAUAAAACAUACAGAGUUGAUGACAUUGACUGGGAUGCCAAUCCAAAGUGUACCUUUAUAAAAGCAGACGGAUCUGAAAUCAGCUACAUAGACUACUAUAAAAUGCAAUAUAAUCAAGAAAUUACUGACUUGAACCAGCCUGUCUUGGUCAGUCAGCCUAGGAGGAGGAGAGGAAGCAUCAUGCCAGGACCUGCUGUACUAAUUCCAGAGCUGUGCUACCUAACAGGGUUAACUGAGAAGAUGCGUAAUGAUUUUAAUAUGAUGAAAGACUUGUCUAUCCAUACACGACUGACACCUGAGCAAAGGCAACGUGAAGUUGGAAGACUUAUUGACUACAUCCAGAAAGAUGACAGUGUUCAGAGGGAACUUCGAGACUGGGGUUUAAGCUUUGAUUCUAACUUACUAUCCUUUACGGGAAGAGUUGUUCAAGCAGAAAAGAUCCAGCAAGGAGGAAGAGCGUUUGACUACAAUCCUCAUUUUGCUGACUGGUCGAAGGAAACUAGGGGAGCUCCCUUAAUCAAUGCAAAGCCUCUGGACAACUGGUUAUUAAUAUACACACGGCGCAACUACGAUGUUGCUAAUGCAUUACUUCAAAAUCUGUUUAAAGUCACACCAUCCAUGGGAAUCAGGAUGAACAAGGCAAUCAUGAUUGAAGUAGAUGAUAGAACAGAAGCUUAUUUAAGGGUCUUGCAACAAAAUGUUACCUCUGACACAAACAUAGUAGUUUGUGUUUUGUCUAGUUCCCGAAAGGAUAAGUAUGAUGCUAUCAAGAAAUACUUGUGUACAGAUUGUCCCAUUCCAAGUCAAUGUGUGAUUGCUCGCACUUUAAGCAAACCUCAGACUAUUAUGGCCAUAGCAACAAAAAUUGCCUUACAAAUGAACUGUAAGAUGGGUGGAGAACUUUGGACUGUUGAUAUCCCACUGAAACAGCUAAUGGUUGUGGGAAUUGAUUGUUACCAUGAUACUGUAUCUGGGAAGCGGUCAAUUGCAGGAUUUGUUGCUAGCCUGAAUCAAGGAAUGACCCGGUGGUUCUCACGCUGUGUUCUUCAGGAUCGUGGGCAAGAACUUGUGGAUGGGCUCAAAGCCUGCUUGCAAACUGCUCUAAGAGACUGGUUCAAGUGGAAUAAGUUUUUGCCCUCUCGUGUUAUGGUGUAUCGUGAUGGUGUAGGAGAUGGGCAACUAAAAACCUUGGUUAAUUAUGAGGUGCCUCAGCUUCUGGAUUGCUUGAAAUCUGUUGGUAAAGACUACAAUCCAAGACUUAGUGUGAUAGUUGUGAAGAAACGAGUAAAUACCAGAUUCUUUGCACAGUCUGGUGGAAGACCUCAGAAUCCACCCCCUGGUACUGUUGUUGACAUAGAGGUUACCAGACCAGAAUGGUACGACUUCUUUAUUGUGAGCCAGGCAGUGAAAAGUGGUAGUGUUGCACCCACUCAUUAUAAUGUAGUUUAUGACAGUAGUGGACUGAAACCAGAUCAUGUACAACGUUUAACCUACAAACUUUGCCACAUGUACUAUAACUGGUCGGGUGUUAUCCGAGUACCUGCUCCUUGCCAGUAUGCCCAUAAACUGGCUUUCCUUGUAGGUGAGAGUAUUCACAAAGAACCAAACUUGUCACUUUCAGACAGACUGUACUAUCUUUGAGGGUGAAACAUCAGCUGCAAAAAAUAACAGUGGACAAUAGAAUGUAUAAUUGUCAGGGGUGUGGGUUUUUUUUAGCUCACUGCAUGUGUAGGGUAAUGUAAAUGCACAGCUGUGGGACUUUAUUUUCAUUGUAGGGGAAAAAACACUUGAGACAGCAGGUCUGCAUUUUGAGUAGGACUCAGCUUGCUAUAAAACGUACAAUUUCUUUUUUUUUCUUGGAUUCUUCACAAAAGAUUAUCAGUUAUUCUUGGUCUAAUGUUUUUGGGAAGUCUUAUGCAUAAUAAUUUUACCAUUACAGGUUAUUUAGUUCUGGGGACCAAAAUCCAAGCUUCUGCAGUUGUCACAUUUAACUUUUCGUUUUCAAAAUGCAGUUAUUUUCCCUUUGUUUCCUUGGCUGUUAAAAGGUGGGCAAAAUUUUGUCUCCUGAACUAUUGCAUAUUGACUGCCCCCUAAGAGGGAGGUUAUCAGCUCUUCUUAGUUACUAAGGCUCUGUUUUAAGGUUGCAUAUUGCUGCAAAACCUAUGGAAGAAUUUUUUAAUGCUUACCCUUGCAAGGGAAUUGCAGGCAAAUGAAGAACUAUCAUCUUGUGCUCACUUCUGUUCCUAGCAGUAGAGGAAAUGGGAUUUUACAGACUGGUAUAAACUAAAGGAAAAGUUCUAGGUAUACCAAAGUUUCAUGAAAGUCAGGCAAAAUUAUUUCUGUAUCUAUCUAUUACAGAUACAGGAGCACCUCUAUUACCUGAAGCUAUAGACUGCUUUCUCCUAAAAGUGGCUUUUACCAAGCUUGAAUGCUGUUAUGUGGGCUUUAAUUACUUAGCAUGGGCUUAAUUUUCUUAGUACAGAAAUCAUAUUAAUAGCAUAGUGUAAGUAAAUCAUUGUUUUAGAUGACUGCAAACACCUAACUGGAACGAAAUGAUCUUGGUUGACAUAGUUUAAUUGAAUGCUUGUUAAAUGAAAAAUAAUUUCUGUCAAAGAAUGAGUGCCUACAUCAGCACUGGCUUGCAAAAAGAGCAUCCUAGAUAGUUGUACUAUUCAUGGGGGUUUUCUGUUAUGCAGUUCCAAAAAGUUGGAAUUGCUUUGACAUUAGUUGGAAUGUAAUUCCAUGCACUACUUUGCAUGCUUCUAAGAUUUUUCACAGGUAACUAUUAAGCAGGACUAGCUUAAUUUCUAAAGCAAAAAAAAAACCCCUGCAGUUGUGUUUGUGGAAGAUGAUUUCAGAUUUUGUUUGUUUGUUUGUUUGUUUUUGUAUUAUGAGGUGACCAAAGUAGUGCAUAUGGAGGGGGAGGUAUUUGAAUUAGUGCUGUAUUUUUUUUUAACUAACUGUUGUGAAACGUGUUCCUUUUCUUUGAGAGAUUUAAAUAAAGUUGUUGCUGCUGUAGUA